GUUUAUAUACAAACCCAUGUAUAAAUAUCUCUGAACUGACACUUCAUCUUCCUCUAUUUCCAUUAUAUUGUAUUUGGUAUCGUUUGCGUUCGUCUUCAUCGUCGUCGUUCUUGUUGGUCUGGUUGCCUGAGAGUUAACGAUGGAUUAUUAUUCCUCUCUGAAAUCAUUUACGCUUCACGCUAGAGAUUCCGCCAAUUCAUUCUUGUCGGAAUACGAGCCUCUGGUUCUGGUUUCAGCUCCUCUCUUUGCUCUCCUUGUCGCUUGGAUAGUUCAAUCGCUUCUUAAUGUUCUUCACGACAAAGGUCUCAAAGCUACCAUCAUAGGGUUUGUCAUGAGCUCCAUCAAAUUAGUUCCAGGCGUCAAGCGUUACAUCGAUUCCGAAAAACAGAAGGUUGUGGAUAAGUUACAAUCUGGUGGUAAAUCUAAAAGAGAAGGUUGGAGGACCGAGUUGCCUAGCACAGGGUUAGGUGCAGGAGUCUUAGAUAGAAUGAAAGAUGAUAAAAGAAAUGACGUGAGUUGGCAAGGAAAAUGUUCUGGUACAGUCUAUAUCGGAGGAAGCGAAUCUGAAGGACAUUUUUCUGUGAUUAAUGAGGCAUGUUCAAUGUUUGCACAUACCAAUCCCUUGCAUUUGGAUGUAUUCAAGAGUGUGGCACGUUAUGAAGCAGAAGUAGUUGCAAUGACAGCUGCACUGCUUGGAGGAAAGGAAAAGUCUUCUGGAGGACAAAUAUGUGGAAACAUGACCUCAGGCGGAACUGAAAGCAUAUUAUUAGCAAUGAAAUCAUCACGUGACUAUAUGAAAGCCAUGAAAGGAAUAUCUAAACCUGAAAUGAUAAUACCUGUAUCUGCUCAUUCGGCUUAUGACAAGGCUGCACAAUAUUUUAACAUUAAGUUGUGGCGUGUCCCUGUAAAUAAAGAGUUUCAAGCAGAUGUCAAAGCAAUUAGAAGAUAUAUCAAUCGAAAUACUAUUUUGAUUGUCGGAUCAGCACCUGGUUUCCCUCAUGGCAUCAUUGACCCCAUCGAGGAGCUUGGUGAAUUAGCAUCUACAUAUGGAAUAUGUCUUCACGUUGACCUUUGUCUUGGUGGCUUUGUGUUACCUUUUGCUCGUAAGCUUGGGUAUCCUAUUCCACCAUUUGAUUUUUCUGUGAAAGGAGUGACCUCAGUAUCAGUGGAUGUGCAUAAAUAUGGGUUGGCUCCAAAAGGAACGAGUGUGGUUCUGUACCGAAAUCAUGACAUUAGAAAGAAUCAAUUUGUAGCUGUUACUGAGUGGUCGGGUGGGUUGUAUGUGUCUCCAACCAUUGCUGGAAGCAGGCCUGGUGGUUUAAUAGCUGGAGCUUGGGCAUCAAUGAUGUCUUUGGGAGAAGAAGGGUACUUGGAAAACACCAAACAAAUUAUGGAUGUGUCAAAACAAAUACAGAAAGGGAUAAAGGAAAUUCCAGAGUUGUUUAUAGUUGGAAGGCCAGAUAUGACAAUUGUAGCAUUUGGAUCUAACGUAGUGGACAUAUUUGAAGUUAAUGAUAUAUUGACAUCUAAAGGCUGGCAUUUAAAUGCAUUGCAGAGACCUAACAGCAUUCAUAUAUGCGUAACCCUUCAACAUGUACCAGUUGUUGAAGACUUCCUUAGGGAUAUGAAGGAAUCUGUGAAAACUGUGAAAGAAAAUCCAGGUCCAAAAGAUGGAGGUUUAGCUCCCAUAUAUGGUGCGGCAGGGAAGAUUCCUGAUAGAGGCAUGGUUCAGGAACUGCUGGUAAAUUACAUGGACGGCACAUGCUAGUGCUUUGUGCUGUUUCCUUGUGGUUUGGUUAUGAUUGAUUUCUCAAACAUCUGCUUUUGGUUCAUACACCAAAAUUCUUGGGUCAAAGUUGUAAAAGAUAUAACCUUUUUGUUAAAUCAUUGUUAUUAAUUAAGAUUUAUAAACCUGUUAAUUUCUUUUCCUUCCCGAAAAUAUAUAAUAAAUCAGUGGAUGUGUGAUCAGCUCUGA